AUGUUCACAAAGGGUGGGGAUCUCUUGCCUUUUGCCUUUGCCAAAGCCAACAAACACAAUAAUAGAGAAUUUGUACUAAUUAAGCUAGAGUAAUUUAUAAGAAGAAGACACAAAAAGAGAAGAUGAAUUAUAUACAUAAUUCUACAGCGCUUGGCUUUCAAUUCCCAUAAAACCACUUAAAUAUAUAUAUUAUUUGUAUACAAAAUAAACCCAAUAUAUAAUAAUAACCAUAUAUAACAUAUCAUUGAGACAAAUAAUUUACUCCUACUACAACUACUACUACUACUCCUCUCUCUCUCUCUCUCUCUCUCUCUCUCUCUCUCUCAAUAUAACCCCUUUCUUCUUCUUCUUCUUCUUCUUCUUCUUCUUGUUAUUGCGGUGGCGGUGGGUGGUGUUGAUGGAAGUUAUAAGUGACCGUCGGAACAUGACUAAUAUGCUCGGCGGAGGUGGCGGCGACCGAGAUUGGAACUUCAAAGAGACUGAGCUGUGUCUAGGGCUGCCUGGCGGCUGUACUAAUACUGUAACCGACCAAGAACUAACUACUCCUAGGGCUUCCGGGAAGAGAGGCUUUUCGGAGACUGUUGAUCUCAAACUGAACUAUCUUCACAACUCUAUUGACCAAGAUCUUAUCACUUCUGAAAACCUUAAAAAGACUUGUACUGCUACUACUGUUAGUACUACAACUACAACUACUACUACUAAUCCUACAACUACUUCAUCUGCUACUACUACUACUACUACUUCUCCCAACAAGGACAAAAAUCUCUCCAAAGAUCUAACUAAGCCACCAGCUAAGGCACAAGUUGUGGGUUGGCCACCUGUGAGGUCCUACAGGAAGAACAUAAUGGCUCAAAAGAGCAGCACAGUUCAGCAAGAGAAAAGUGAUCAUCAGAAGACAAGCAUCAGCGGAGGAGGCGGUGGUGCCGCCGCCCCUAACAACAGCGGAAGCGGUGCAUUUGUUAAGGUUUGCAUGGAUGGUGCACCUUAUCUUCGUAAGGUGGAUUUGAAGAUGUAUGAGAGUUACCAAGAGCUGUCUGAUGCCUUGGCCAAGAUGUUCAGUUCCUUCACUAUGGGUAACUACGGGGCUGAAGGAAUAAUAGAUUUCAUGAAUGAGAGAAAGUUGAUGGAUCUACUGAAUAGUUCUGAGUAUGUACCAUCCUAUGAAGACAAGGAUGGAGAUUGGAUGCUCGUUGGUGAUGUUCCAUGGGAGAUGUUUGUUGAUUCAUGCAAGCGCUUGCGAAUAAUGAAAGGAUCAGAAGCAAUUGGACUCGCUCCUAGAGCAAUGGAGAAAUGCAAAAGCAGAAGCUGAUGAAGGUGAUGAUGGUGAUGAUAUGAAAGUGAUGAUAAUAUAUGUAUGAUCCAGAAAAGUACUCGUUUUUUUUUAAUGUCGUAAGGAAGUUGAGCAAGGACAAAUAUUGGAGCAGGGUGUUGUGUGGGAUGUGUCUGUACUAUUUGAUGGUAUAUAGAUUUUAAAGAUCUUCAUAAUAUAAAUUUAUAUAUAUUUGUAAUAAUAAUAUUGGACAUGAAGUAUUAAACUUCAGCUAUUGUCUGGCUUGUUUAUUACCAAUACUCUCUCAAGCUGAAUAAUUUCCCUUAUUUCUUAUUUUCUUUUUCUUCUCUGUCUUGUUUUUUUCUUAAUGUCGUACCCCUUUGCUCUCUGUCAUGGCUCUGGUGUGUUUUGUUCAUUUAUAUAUUUUUAUGAAAUAUGCUAUUCAUUUUUA